UGCAAUGUGUAUCGUGUAGGCGUUGGCGGCUGCAAAAUCGAGUAGUACGCGGAUAUGUCAAUGACUCUAGUCGGCGAAAACUUCAUUAAUUCUCACUUCACCGUAUUCCGUGGAAAACGUGUUAAAAAGUGUUGAAACGAUUUUUUUUAAACGAGAAAUAUCAGUUUUUAAAUAGAAGAUAAGCUGGUUUUACAUUUUCGAGAAAAAUAUAUCUUUUUUUCUGUUAGUCUCGUAGCGUUUUGUCGCGUUCACGGAUUUUCCGAAUGCUUCCGUAUAUAUACACACAUACACGAAUAUACACAUACAAACGAAUUGACAAGAGUGACUGAUAGACAUUUGUUCGAUGUUUCUACAAAUCUGCUUUCGAUUAUUACCUAUUUUAACAACGUAAUACAUCCAAAUUUUAUUUUUUAAUGUUUCAUCGUCUUAUAUUCUCAUUCCAAUCGACAAAAAAGUGCGUAUCAAUAGCCUGUGCGUGUGUCGUUUGUGAGUGCACGAAGUAUUAGUGGCAUUGAGAUGUUACGAAUGGUGAAGAAAAAUAUUGCCCCACCAAGGAUUCACGAGGCUCGACAUCUCAAAUCCUCAUCGCUGAGUUCCAAGGACAUAAUCCAAGAAAAAACUUCUACCUUAUGAAUUGACCCAAGAACCAUCCUGCACUGGUUCAUCACCACCGUGGCUGAAAUAUCGCAAUAGAGUGGAAUGUCAAACAAUCAGCUAGUGGAUUCUUGCCUGCUGGUGAAUCGGAGGAUAGAGCAGAGGCAAGAGCACAACAUAACACGUACUGAAAUAACACAGAGACGUGUUCUUCAGGAGACAGAUUCCGACAUGCCCCAGUAUACUGGACAGAGUGAAACGGAUUACAAUGGCAGCAACGGUCAAACGGACACGCAUUCAUUGCAUUCAUCCCACUUAUCGAUGCAGGAGGAUCCCUUGCUUAUUCGCACACACAAACAACAGACAUCGCAACAAGUUACGACCGUGACAAAAGUGGUUCGGGAAGUAUCGCACAUGGAACCGGACACCGGAGCCGUCAGUUACAUGUCAAUGCCAUUGAUGCCACAAGAAUAUCAGCACGGUGAUUCCCGAUACCCAGCUGACCCGUACAUGGUCAGUUUUGAUCAUUAUGACUCCUCCUUGGGUUAUUCGGCUCAACCGGGUUAUCCUGGUACACACGGCAUGUACAUGCCGCAAUCACAUUCUCCUCACAGCCCACAUAGUCCAUCGGACCACAGUCGAGCUUCACCACCGCUCGAAUACAUGAGAAAAGGAGCCCCUUAUUCCGAAGGAGCUUAUAACGACGUGGAUCCAACGCUGAAUCCAGCCUUGCAAGAUCAUUACCGUAUUACACCGAGUCCCGGAGGUGCCGGAGAACAAUACGAUCGCGUGAGUAAUUCGUGGAACAUGGACGACUCGGGGGAACCGUCACAGCAUCCUAACGACGAAGGGAAACUUCCAUACGGUUGGGUUUGGCCCGUUGGUUACGGGCCGCCCGGAACGGUCGGGCCGGUCUCGUUAUCCGGUGAGGUUACCGCAUACGACGAAGGUCAUCCAGCAUCGAUGACCGGAGCUAUACCAGUGGAGGUAUUCGAAGAGGAAGUUCACCUUCAACGACUCCAUCCCCGUCAUCAAGUUCCUGGGAUGGGUAGCCCGCUGGAGGACGACCAAAAAUCCAUGCGAUGGAGAGACCCGAAUCUUUCCGAAGUCAUUGGCUUCCUCAGCAACCCUAAUAACGUUAUAAAAGCAAAUGCCGCUGCGUAUCUUCAGCAUCUCUGUUACAUGGACGAUCCGAACAAACAGAAAACACGAAGUAUGGGCGGAAUUCCACCGUUGGUCGCUUUACUCGACCACGAUAGUCCCGACGUUUACAGAAAUGCGUGUGGUGCCCUUCGGAAUCUUUCUUACGGCCGGCAAAACGACGAAAACAAACGCGCCAUCAAAAGUGCCGGCGGUGUUCCUGCACUUAUUAAUCUGUUGCGUAAAACCUCCGAUGCCGAUAUCAAAGAAUUGGUCACUGGCGUAUUGUGGAAUCUCUCAUCUUGCGAAGAUUUAAAAAGGUCUAUAAUAGACGAUGGUGUUACGAUGGUCGUCAAUAAUAUAAUAAUUCCACACAGUGGAUGGGAUCCAAGUUCUUCGAAUGGUGAAACAUGCUGGUCGACUGUAUUCAGAAAUGCAUCCGGCGUACUUAGGAACGUAUCGAGCGCGGGUGAAUACGCGAGAAAAAAAUUACGGGAAUGCGACGGUCUCGUCGACGCACUUUUAUAUGUAGUACGUUCGGCCAUCGAAAAAUCAAAUAUCGGCAACAAAAUCGUCGAGAACUGCGUUUGCAUUCUACGAAACUUGAGCUAUCGAUGUCAAGAAGUCGAAGAUCCGAACUAUGACAAGCAUCCUAUACAAUCCACCGUACAGACAAGAAUGACAGCUCCUGUCAAAGGCGAAAAUUUGGGCUGUUUCGGUGGUAGCAAAAAGAAAAAAGAGGGCCAACAAACACAGAAAGAAACGACAACUUCGAGAACAACGAGUCCAAGAACUGAGCCUAUAAAAGGAAUGGAACUUUUAUGGCAGCCGGAUGUGGUGCAGUCGUAUUUGAGCCUCUUGCAGACUUGCUCCAACCCUGAAACUCUCGAGGCAGCUGCAGGAGCUUUGCAAAAUCUUGCCGCUUGUUAUUGGCAACCGAGUAUCGAAAUUCGAGCUGCAGUGCGAAAAGAAAAAGGCUUACCAAUCUUAGUUGAACUUUUGAGAAUGGAGGUCGAUCGAGUGGUGUGUGCGGUAGCAACGGCACUUCGAAAUCUUGCAAUAGAUCAACGAAACAAGGAGCUUAUAGGAAAAUACGCAAUGAGGGAUCUCAUUCAGAAAUUACCCUCUGGCAAUAAUCAGCACGAUCAAGGAACGAGCGACGAUACAAUCGCCGCGGUACUCGCGACUUUAAACGAGGUCAUUAAGAAAAAUGCGGAAUUCUCCCGAUCGUUACUGGAUGCGGGUGGGGUCGAAAGGUUAAUGAACAUCACGAAGCAACGACAAAAAUAUACUCCAAGAGUUCUCAAAUUCGCCGGACAAGUAUUAUUCACAAUGUGGCAACAUCAAGAACUCCGAGACGUUUACAAAAAGCAUGGUUGGAAGGAACAAGAUUUCGUGACAAAAACACUGGCCGCUCGAAAUUCUGGCCCGAAUUCGCCUAACAAUGCUAACAGUUAUGAUUGCAGCACUCUUAAUCGACCUAUGGCCAGUCAAGGGAGUACACGAUACGAGGACCGGACGAUUCAGAGGACGAAUAUGAAUUCGAAUAACGUUGGUCGGCCUGCAAUAUAUCAAUCGCAAAAUGAAGAUCUCGCAAUAUCGGAUGCGCAGUACCAAAAGCCAGGAUAUCACGGACCGCCUCCCGGAGGCGUUUGUGUGUUUCCCAUCAACCCUCAACCAAGGCCCGGAGAGCCAUUGUAUGCUCAAGUAAACAUGGAGAAGAAGAAGAAGAGACAAUACGAGCUGGGAAUAAACCAAAGUCAAAGUCCGGUCGGACAACAACAAAGCGGAAUGGGUGAAAUUGGUAACGUAAUUAUUGGAUCGCAGUGGCCCGACGACAACGCCAGUAUGCGGGAACACUCAAUAGCCACUGUAAAUGUGCCUACGAGCUCAACCACUGCCGGUGAUUCAUGGGUAUAAAAAGCGUACCCGAGACGUGCAUCGCCGCACCGGUUUGUCUCUAUUUCACCUUGACUUUUCCCUCGAGCCGCACCACCCUACCCCCCCCCCCCCCCCCCCCCCUCCUCCCUCGAACUGACUAUCGUUGAAGAAUUCCUCUCGAAGUCAAUAACAAUGUAUGCGUGUACGUAUAAGUACGUUGAAAAAAAAUGAGGUUGAAACCCGUGUAGAAAGACACGAAGAGCAGAGAUUUCUUAUUGAAUUUCUGGAAACCGUGACCAAAAAUGUCCGUAAUCAUAAACUUAAGACUGAGCGCCCGCUCAAGUAAGCGCGGAACAAUUUGGUACUAAAGCGACAAACACCAUCAAUAGAGCUGCACGCGAAAGCAGAUUUCUUUUAAAGCUCCAGCCUGCCUCGCAGGAUUUUGAGAUAGGCGAAUUUUACAAACUGACUGAAUAACGUUUGACCUCCGAUCAUAGUCGAGGCCAAAUUGCAUUUUCGGACGAAUUAUUACGUGUGUCAUUAUUGCAACGUAUCAGUACCCACUGCACUUACAGACAAAAACCUAUUUAGAGUUCGCACCAAUGGCUCUAAUAGCACGAUUCUAAAGUAAUAUAAUCACAUACGAAUAAUAAUAUCAGUGGAGCGCGAACGAAUAUCAAAGAUCCAAUACGCAAUUUAAUCAUGUAAUUAUGUUAUUAUAUUUCAUUUAUUUGUAUUUCGUUGAAGUACAAUUAUUCGUGUUAAUCGCGCGGACAAAGACGGAGAGUUCAACCACGCCAUUCUCACCAUCAUAAUAAAUGUCGCGACAAAUAUGUAUCGAAUGAGCAAUGCUCGAAGACGAGAGUCGAGAAUAUUCACGAAUCGAUUGCAGCUAUUUCAUAUUGUUAUCAUGGCAAACAAGAGAAUAGAUUUUAUUUGUGUUGUUGUAAAAGUGUAGCCAAUUGCGUCUAUCGGCAUUCAUGUAUUCUCCAUCUAUUUUUCUUUACAUUUUAUAUAUUCGUUGCCAAUUUAACGAGAGCCGUGUGACUGAACGACGCAUGCGUGGCUGAAGCUUAUUUCUUUUUUCCUUUGUUUUUUUUUUCUACGAAAACACUCGAUAGCUCAUAGUCAUGUACGGACAACGGUAUACAAUGUUUUAUAUUCACAUCACAAUAAUAUCUCCAUCUUAUGGUUGUUACUUCAGUGUCACUUAUCAUUAAAGCUACAUCAACAGUUGCGGCGAGGAUAAGAUUUUUACGACGACGAGGAAUCGUUUUAAUAUUGCGACAUGUAUUUGUAUCAUCGAUAUGUUAAAUGUUCGAUCUGUUCCAAAAUUCUCGCCCGAAGUUUACCGUACGGACAAAGAUCGCGACACUCUGAACCAGAAAUUCUUCAUCUUUUUUUUCCGGUGCAUCGUCGAUGAGAUAAGUAUUCAUUUCUCAUCUUUUUUAUCACUAGUUUUCACGGCCCUGCUCCUAUAAACAUAUAGGCGCUAGUAAUGGCGAGCUGUGCUCGCCACGCUCACAACACUUCGGCACUAAUUAUCGAAUAUCUCAUCAGCAAGCGCAUCGAAAAAAACAAUGGCUGAAGGCAUUUUCUCUUGAGUUUUUCACGAUCCACUUGAAGUUUUCUUUCGGGAGCGACUUUUAGCACAAUCUUUAUUAUUCUUCGUUGUUGUGUGAUAAAUCUACGUCCUGUUACUUCCCCAUUGUAUAUAUACUAUCUAGAUAUAUACAAAACUCGAACGAUUAAAUUAAGUCUCUUCCUACAUCGAACUUUUAGGCCACGAUCGAAUACUCUGCGAAAUGUGAUGGAAGCUGUUUCGAAUAGUUUUAAUCUCUUGUUGAGCUCUUGAAACUCUUCAAAAAAAUUUGUUGUUCGCCCCGUUUUUGGAAUUAAACACUUUGCUUAUCAACACUUUGGUAGAUUUUUCAGUCUGUCACCUGCCAAACUGUGUAAAAUAUACAUUCAAUUUGAAACUUUUAUGUAUGUGUGUGCAACUAACGAAUCACUCUGAAAAGAAUGGAAAAGCUUGAAUACUUCAAUUGGUUUACCUUAUUUUUCCAAAGUUUUUGAUAAGCGAAUGAACAAAAUUCAUGGGUUAACAUUUUUUCAAACUUCCAAACUUCCAGGUGUACCAUUAAAAAGUUUGUGGCAUCAUUACUAAAAACUUUCAACCUUUUAAUAGUACAGUUGCCAGUGUUGGAAAAAAUUUUUGUUCUGCAGUUCCCUGUACUGAAAAUUGAUCAACAAUUUCCAUCAAAAUUCCUUGCUUCGUUCUUCUUGAAGGUGACAGAUUUUCAGUAGCUGAUUUCAAAGUUACAGUACUAACUCAUAACCAUCAGAAUUGUUUAAAAACCAUCUGACGCAGAGAAAGUCAUUCGAAAGUAGCUUAAAAUUGGAUGACGACAGAAUGGUCCUUCAAUUAUUUUCAGCAGUGCAAAUUUGGGGUCUCUCCACCAGAGUUUUGCGAAUUUUCAUGCGAACAUUUUCUAGAUAGGAUUUUCAUGGGAAAUUGAAAAAAAACACUAAGACAAUGAUAUUCAAUUUGAAAUUGUCUCUCUCUCUCUCUCUCUCUUUGAAAAUAAAAGGACAGAGCAUCUAAAAUUGUUCAUUGAAUAUUAUCAGACUCGUAGGCAUUUUGGUGCUUCAUAAAUUGAAUUCCUCAACGCACUUUUUGAUUGAUAUGAAAAUUUCACUAUGUUAGAAAUUCAAACACACAAAAAGAGCAAAAAGUUUCCAACUUGGAAUUUCCUAUGAUUCGUGAUGAAAUUCGUCAAAACUCUAACAGUCGUCCACUUAAAUAUUGUAUAACCUCAAGGUAAAUAACCUCAAGGUAAAACUUGACGAUGAAAAUAAUAGUUGAUCCUGAAAAAUGUUUCGAGAGCUAGUUAAAGACAUUUAAAAUGUCUACAUAAUUUUAUCAAUUAUAGCCACUGUUUAUCCAACUGGGAUUGUUCGAAUAUUGAACAUCUGAAUUCAUGUAUGACUUGAAAAUUUUGAAGAAAAAGAUUUAUUGCAGAUGUUUUUUUUUCUUUUUUUCAUUGACAAGAUCUUUGGGAAGAAAAUAUUGCACUGAUUAUUUCUAAAUGAAUAUGUCUUCAUAAACUGUUUCAAUUUUUCUACAUUACAACGCUCCAGGCUGGGCAAGAGAAGGAAGAGGUUUUUUAUGACAUUUUUCUACGGCCCAAAUUUCGGAAAUUUUUAUAAUAAUUCAGCCAAAAAGUUUAAUUUUACUGAAACAGUUAGUUCUUCAAUAUGAUAUGUGAACUCGUUUUUUUUUAACGCUAUCAAUAAUAGUCGUAAGAUAUUUAUUUGUUUGCUGUUUCGACGGAAACAAGCGCAAUUAUAAUGAAGAAUGAAAAGAAAAAUUGUAUUUAGAAUGAAAACGAAUAUUUACAAUGAAACAGUCUUUUAAUUUAUACUUUGUUUCUCGUUAUGCAGUAUAUACUUGGAUUUUCGAGUUCAAACAUUUUACCUUUUUUCGUGUCGGAACCUCUUAUUUCUGCAUUUUUCGAGCUCGGCAAUUUAUAGACGUUUCAUUGGUCAAAACUCUCAUGACAAUUGUCCAAAGUUAUUACGUUCACGUUUCCGCUCGUCUUUCUGUUGGAAGCGUUUUCCGAUCCGUUUUGGUCGUGCGAGGAAGAUAUAGGGCCUACGGUUCGACGUCGACCUACAACAUUGCGAUUAACGUUGACUUGGAAACUGGGUUCGUGUAAAAGUGUGCCAAAGGCGAUACCCCAAUGUCUUUGACAACUCAACGUUCAAAAGGAGUUGGGUCGAUCAAUGAAAUGUUCGUGCUUUCAGUCGUAUCUGCCGUUACAGCAUCCUUCGAAUCUUGUGCUGGAGUCAUAUAUGCAUGUUUCAAGCCUUCAUAAGUACUUUGACAUGCAAUUUCUUCUGAUUCAUCGACUGCGGUCUCGUCAAUCAAGGAUAUUCCUAAAAAAUACUUCUUGGAGUUUUCUGCAAUUCGCGUCGUCGCAAUUCUGAUUGGGGCGUAACUUUAAGGUGGGAAAAUAAUCCUGCAGAGCGUUGUAUCCCAAAUAAUAACUGGGAGAUCCGAAACCUAGAAGAUACUUCAAAGCAUUUUGUGCCAAAAAUCCGGCAACUAUUCCCAUAGUUGUUGGCAAAGAAGCAGCGCAAACACCGUCGCGUUUCAAAGUUUUUUCGUCGAUUUUCGAUGCCACGACCAGAGGCGGAACACACUGAAAAGUGUUCACAAGUAACAAUUAGUCAUUACUUUCAAGUGAAAUUAUUAGGCAUUCUUGAAAUUUGUGGAUUGAACUAAAAAUCAACUUACUGCAAAACAUGCUGUUUCCCCAGGGACUAUAAAUUGUAUAUGUCCUGAAACAGCAUUCUCAGAGACGCCGCUCUCAUACCAUUUCAUGUUGAGUUCGUUGCAGGCUGCAUUUAUAGUCAUUCGUGCUUCAUAAUUAUCAACGCAGCUCAAAACUAAAUCUACCGGACCUCCAACAAGACUUGAAGUCCUGCCAAUCAAAGUAACUCAUCAUAAUCAUAGCCAGCCUUUAAAUUUUCUUUCAAUUAAUGAUUAUACCUAACCUAAUUGUUUCGAUAAAAUGUUCGAAAUUCUCAACUGUAGUAAUGUUGUAAUUGUGAGUCUCAAUUGUCACAUCAGGGUUAAUGAAUUGCAACGUCUUUGCAGCUGCAUCAACUUUACUGUAUCCCACUUGGUUCGGUUGAAAGAAAAGUCUGUUCAUGUUCGCUAACUCGACUUUGUCAUAAUCAAAAAGAAUUAGCUGAAAUACAACAAUUAACUAUACAAAAACUGCAAAA